CACAGUGUUCAAUUAAUUGAGCCACUCGUUUGACCUCCACUUGCUUGUUCGAUUCUAGUUUUUUGGGCGUUCUUUCCGACUCCAAACACGCGAUACAAAGGGAUACUUGGAGAUAGGACGGGGAGAUAAACUGCAUAAAUCAACGCCACUGCAAAAGCCAAUAGCAACAAUAACUGGAAACAAUUAAUUUUAUUCAAACAAGAGCAACAAUAAGGACGACGACAAAAAAUGGAUUACGGCUGGCUGAUGUUUCUGUUCAUCGCACUUUUAAUUGACUUUCCAAUCGCAUGUGCUCUGUUUGUGACGGAUAUCAGUGUGCCCGAGAUCGUAGAUUUUCGGGACAAUGUGACCUUAUCGUGCAGCUACGAUAUGCGAGGUCACACGCUAAACUCGGUCAAAUGGUACAAAGACCACGAGGAGUUUUUCAGAUAUUCCCCUCUGACGAGUCCGAUUUACAUGACUUUCGAAGUGCCAGGUCUACAAGUGCUCGAAGGGAAAUACGUGUGCAACGAAUCGAGUUGCCGACUGGAUUUGAGUUUACAAGGUGCCAAGUCAACCGGACUCUAUAAGUGCGAAGUUAGCGGAGAUGCGCCCCACUUUAAGCUCGCGGAUAAGGCGGACAACAUGACUGUUGCAGCACUGCCUCAGAACGACCCGCUAAUCGAGAGCUUCAACUCCAUGUAUCGCAUGGAGGAGUACCUCAAAGCCACUUGCAUAUCGGACUUCUCCAGCCUGCCCACACGACUCACCUGGUACAUAAAUGGCGAGCAGCCGCUGUUAGGAGAACUGUAUCCCACAACGGACACAAGUUUAGCAGCCCAUGAUUAUGUACUGAGGCGACAGCGGCUUCAGGUGCAAUUCUUUUUGCAGGGGCAGCGCUUUUUCCAGGCCGGUAAAAUCCUGGAGCUCAAAUGCGUGGCGGAAAUUGAAAAUUAUCCGGAGCUGAGGCGCGAGAAGACUCUCAGUGCGUCACUAUCGCAGUACGACAAUUUCAACAAUCAAAUGCCGCUGAGGCAUGCGAAUGCAAACUCUGGCUCGGCACAAAGGAGCAUCCUGUGUGGCAGGACGUCACUAAUUUCCGCAUUUCUGGCGGCAAUUCUGCUAAUUCACUGUUUGCGACGCCCUUCAUGAACAGUCUCAUCCAUAAGAGAAUCGGAAUCGGCGGAAGAACUCAAAUCUCCGGACUCGGAUUCAAAAUCGCCUCGUAUGGCAACUUUGUCAACUAUA